AUGAAGUUCUUCACCACACUCUCUCUGCUGGCCAGCAUGGCCCUGGCCUCUCCUUUGAUGGAGAGAGCCAAGCUAGAGCUCCAGGCUAGAAAUGCUGCUCGUCGGACUGACCGGUUCAGGGCCUUCGAGGAUGGUAACUUUGGAAACAUCACUGCCCAAACUGUUCAGUCGAGCAAUUGGGGUGGUGCUGCCAUCGUGACCUCGGGUGUGACCGCGGUCAGCGGUACCUUCACGGUUCCCAAACCAUCUCCCCCAUCGGGUGGUAGCUCGAGUAGGGAGUAUUGCGGCGCUGCGUGGGUUGGCAUUGAUGGAUAUUCCAACUCUGCUUUGAUUCAGACUGGUGUUCUAUGGUGUGUCCAGGGUAGCUCAUACGAGUAUGAGGCUUGGUAUGAAUACCUGCCGGCUGCUUUGAUUGAGUACUCCGGAUUCUCUGUCACGGCCGGCAACUCUGUGACUGUCACUGUCACAAAGACUAGUGCCACAGGCGGCACGACUACAAUCUCUUCUGGCGGCCGGAGUGCCUCGCACACAUUCUCUGGCCAGAGCACCCGGCUACAAGGUGCUUCAGCCGAGUGGAUCGUUGAAGAUUUCCUCUCCGGAAACUCCCUCGUCCCCUUUGCUAACUUUGGAACCGUCACAUUCACUGGUGCUACUGCUGUCAUCAACGGCGCAACUGUUUCAGCUAGUUCGGACUCUCCUGUUACCAUCGACUUAGUGAGCAGUUCUGGGUCGGUACUCACCAACACCGGUAUUUCUGGCACCUCUGUCACGGUCUCAUAUGUAUGA